UUUCUGUUGUUAGUUCGAUCAACAUGACAGACGUAAUCGACGCUGGUGUUGCAAAAACUGGUGCAUACAAAUACGAAGAUGGAACGCGAUAUGUGGGGGAGUGGAGCUCUAAAGGUCAAAAACAUGGUAUGGGUCAUCUCGUGCUGCCAGACGGUACGAGGUAUGACGGUGCUAUGGUUAGUGGCCUCUGCUCUGGACUAGGGGUUAUGGCAUUUCCAGAUGGGGCCAAAUACGAGGGUGAGUUCAUGCAAGGCUGGUUCCACGGUCAUGGUGUGUUCUGGCGAGCUGAUGGAAUGAAGUUCGAAGGGGAGUUCCGAGGAGGACGUGUUUGGGGUUUAGGACUCGUUACAUUCAAUGACGGCAGUAACGGCUUUCCAAGAAACGAAGGAUACUUCCAAGACUGCAAAAUGGUGCGUCGCAAGCGUUGCCCGGAAGUAGUCCAGCGUGCUCAGAAAGUCGCUUAUAUGGCUCGAGCGCAAUGCCAGCAAAUGUAGACUAAUUACGAUUAUAAAAUAAUAUAAUUUAUAUUCAGAUCAAUUAUAAUUUCAGACUGCA